AAAUCAACAGGCGAUUUUUCAGAUGAAGGAACUUCUGCAGAGAUUACCCUUGUCAAUUGAGCAGAUAAAUAAUCAAGUGUCGCCUGUUGAUCCAGUUAAAUUACCACGUAUGAAUGACCGGGAUAUUGAUUCUACUACUGAAAAAGUUGAACUUCUGUGGAACUUUGCUAUAAAACUUAAAAACGAAUUAAUAAAGGCUAAUCAGGAUUUAAAACAUAAGAUUGAUUCAGUCGUAAAAUGGACAACCCAAGAGACACAAGAAAGGGAAAAGGAAAGAAAAGAGCAUAUUAAGUCAUUAAAUGAUAAAGACAAAAUUAUUCAGAGAUAUGAAGUGUCGGCCAAAGUUAAAGAUGAUAACAAACGAGGUCUUGUAAGUGGGCUAGGUGGUUCCAAAACAUCAAAAUUGCAGCAGGAUAUAAUUGACCUUCAAAAAAUCAUGGCGCAAAACAACGAGCAAUACAAGAAAGUAUGCAUGGAAAGAGAUGACCUACGAAACAGGCUGAAAAGUGUUCAGAGGAUCUCCCAUUUAGAAAAUCAAAUCGACCAACUACGAGGUUUGGGUACAGAAAAAGACAAUAUAAUCAAAUCUAUUAUCAAUGAAAAAGAGGAAUUACAAACACGAUUAAGUAGUAUAGCCGGAGAAAAAUUAACGAAAGGAAAUCCAUCAAUAACUGACCUAGGUGACCCAAACCGUUCAAUGAAAAUAAGUGAAAAGUACGGCGAGCUGUAUGACAAUGAAUGGACAGAUUGCAUGGAAUGUACUGACGUAAUUAAACCCCAGUUUGAAACUUUAGAGCACUCUGAGCUUGAAGAAAUAGUUAUACAUCAUUUGUACAGACUGUUGUUGUGCUGCUACAAAGAAUGCAAGAUGAUGUCAGAAAAUCAAAUCAGGACCAUACGGAAGUCUAUAGGAGAAAACCUGUUUCUUGAUACGGAAUCGGAAAAGGACGGAGUAAAUGUACCUGGAUGCAAAGAAGUUCUCCUUUUCAGAAAACAGAAUGGAGAGGAAUUUGCACAGCAAUUGAUAUCGAAACAGAAACUAUGUGGAAAUGUGUUGAAGGAAUGGGAAUACUGCAACAAAAGUGAUACAUUAAUGCAACAUCUUAUAAAAACAACAUUCUUUAACAAAUGUGUCCACCUAUGUUGGUUUAUGUGUAUUCAAGAGCCAAUGAUGUUUUUACAUCAAAAACUUCUACCAGGGGAAACAUUUAACAAGAAUGAAUACAAAGAGUUUGUCAAAAGUGGUAAUAAAGUUGGAUAUAUUGUAUGGCCAGCACUCUUUUUACACGAAAAUGGAUCCUUACUAUAUAAAGGAGUUGUGCAAGCCUACAAUUAACAUUAGAAUAAAAUUAAUACUUUAAAGGAAAUCUAAG